AUGGCGACCACAUGGAGCACCAAUCUGGGCCAGCGCACCCAGACCUAUGACCAACUACUCGAGAUCUUUGCACUAGCGACCUGGCCCCAGGGACAGUUGGAAUUCCGACCGCCCGCAGCAUAUUUGCAGUUCACCGGGUGCGUGCGGAUUCCCUUUUUGGUCGCUGGUGCGAGCAAGGCCGAAGCUCCAACGGGUGAUAACGGGACACCAGAAGCGAAUGACGCACCGGCGAGUCCCGGAUGCAAACUGGGCGUGCUCAGCGAGGGCUAUAGCCCAGAUGCCAAGCUCAGCAAAGGAGACCAGCGCGUGAGUAUGGUACCGGAGGUUGCCGCAUCCUUGAUCAAGGACGGCUAUGCAGUCUUCGUGGAGCGAGGCGCCGGAGUCUUUGCGGGCUACUCCGACGAGGCCUACGAACAAAAGGGCUGCACUGUGACGUCGCGCGGGGACACCAUCGACAAGUCCGAGGUGCUCUUUGCCCUGGAACCACCGGUGGCAGACUUUCAGACCAUGAACUGCAAGGUGUUGAUUUCCUGGGUCGGACGCUUGCAAGACAAGGGAAAAGAGAUCAUCAUGAAGGCCAAUCAGUACCGCAUCACCGUGGUGGACGUGACGGCCGUGCCGCGCAUCACCAUCGCGCAGAAGUUGGACGUGCUGAGCUCGCAGGCGAAGGUGGCCGGACAUCGUGCAGUGCUGGAGGCUAAUGGGGAUGGGGCCCAGCCGGGGAUGGGGAUGGGAUGCGGCUUACUCCUAUCAGCGCUUUCAUACUGCCGAGAUGACGGCUGCAGGCUGGCGAUCUGA